UUUGAUUCCAACAAAUAUUUUUGAAAUUUUUUUUUCCUUUGAAGAAAAAACAUUUCGAAAAAAUGGGAAACACAUGUGCAUCAAUUAAAAAAUCUUCAAAACAAUCACAACAAAGCGAAAGAAAAGUUUCAGCUGAAAGUAUACCGUAUGGAACUGAACAGGCAGGUGAAACAACAACAACAACAACUACCGCAACUGCAACGUCAACAACACAAACUGCCACGAAAAUUACCACAAGCACAAUAUCAACAACAACAACUAAAACCACAACCACCACUGCCAAUGCUCAAGUCCAUAAAGAUACUCAACCAGUAAAUCAAUCAGUAGAAAUUCGUCCUAAUAAUGAAAUUCUGGAUAAGACGACCAAUAUUGGUACAAUAGCACCAGUAACAACAACAACAACAGCCAAUACGAUAACAGCACCAUCACCUGAUCCUAUAUCAUUAUCACCAAUACCAACUGCCUCAACACCAUCACCAUAUUCAUCAAGUAGAUAUUCAUCAAUGAGUGGUGGCCAUCAAUCGUAUACGAACAUAUCGCCAAUAAGCGGACACAUCGAUCUAAGUCAAUAUUCGGAAUCAAUACGUGCCGAUUCAUUUACACAAUUAUUUCAUCUUCGAUGUGAUCAAACAACAAUAUUGAAUAAAGAACAAAUUGGUUUAGAAGAUUUCUAUCUGAUUGCAUUAAGUACAGAAUCUGAUGAGAUUGUUGUAUGGAAUAUUUAUCAACAGAAACCAACACGUACAUUGAAAAGUAUACCAAAGCCAAGAGCUAUACGAAUGGUUGAUCAAUUAUGUACGGUUGUAUUAUGUAAUCGUGAACUAACUUUAUAUGAUCUCAAUAAGGCAAAAUUGAUUACUAAGCUCAAGGGUGUGAUGAAUCAAAAAAUGCCAUACUAUGGUCUUCAUAAUAGUAAAUAUGUCGUAGCAUUAUCACGUAAUCGAAUGUAUGUCAACAUGAUUAAUCUUGAUACAGGGGAUUUGGAAACGACAUUUAAAGCUGGUGAAGAUCGAUUCCUAAAUAGUCUACUUACCUCAGCGAAUGGAAAAAUAUGUGUAUGUGGUGAUGAAACACAGAAACCAUUUCCCUUAUUAGUUUGGGAUCUAUCCAAUCGAAAAUUACUGUAUGAUUUGCGAAUACCACAUCAUGAAUUCAUUACUAGGUUAUCCGCUAUCAGUGAUGAUGGCCAUUAUGUUGUAUCCGUAUGUCAGGAAUGUAAUACUUCGGCAACAAAUUUUCUAAUAGUCUAUGAUCUCCAAAGUGGUACAUUAUUUAAAAAAUGGAAACCCGAACAUGAUUCAGUAUCAGUUGCAAUUUCUACUCAAUGCGGUGGAUGUGUUAUAAAUGGCACUAAAAAUAACGAUGUACUAGUCUGGGAUCUUUCCACCGGUAAUAUUAAAUACACAUUGUCAGGCCAUACUGCACCACCGGAUCUAUUGGAUCCAGCACCAAAAUCCAAUGUAUUUCUUUCUUAUAAUUCUAGUCGCCAAGAUACACAAUUAAGAAUUUGGUCGCUUGAAAACGGUAAUUGUCUGUGGACAUUUACACCGGAUAAAGAUAUUAGUUGCUGUACACUUACACCGAACGGCAUGGGAAUCGUUUAUGGAUAUGUGGGUGAAAAAAAUCUACAUCUAGCCAUAAAUGAAGAUCCAAAUAAAAGCGACGAUGAUAAUACAAAAACAAAUCAAUUAUACAUUGAAGAAAUGUGUUCAAAAAUUAUUCCUUAUGGUGACAAAGAACUUGAUGGCCAUGAAAUUGAUCUCAAUUCUUAAUACAUACACACACACACACACACGACACUAUUCAUAAUUAUUUCUUUUUGAUUCCCCAUACACACACAAACACAAAAUC